AUGGAGUCGAAUGUGUCCGAUACUUCGUUGGUGGGUGUACCAUUGCUCCCACUCAUCCUCCGGAAGGACAACAGCCUUCUGCUCGCUUUGUUCUCCGAGAAGAAACAAGAGUUGAUUGAGAUCGAAAGCAGUUCCAUGACAGGUGAUUAUCGUGAGUGCGAAGUGUGCUUUAACCCUGCUCGCUCCACCGCGUUUGCCCACGCCACUGCGACUCACGUGCGCUACAGCGAGGUGGUACCCGUGGGGAAAUCAGUCAAUGAUGUCACUCCAUCGGAAAACCAUUCGUGGCAGCUGAAUCUUAUCUUUGAAGUGGAAGAACGAAACACAGUGGCGCUGUCCUUCUCCGCCACCGGCGCAGUGCUUGUUACAUACUCUGUGAUGGACAGCAAGCGACCGGAGGGGAAUAUGGCGCUCUACAAUGCUGCCACGGGGCAACUUUUGCGUCGCUGUAUGCAAGCCCGCUGGCCGGGGAUGGUCUGGACCCAACAGGAUCUGUACUGCGUCCGACCAGUACAGGGGUGCCUUCACGUGUUGAAUGGUAACCUGCUCAGUGAGGACGCGGCCGCACUUUCCAAGUUGGACCUACAACUACCUCAGGAUAAAGAGAUUGAGUUGUCAAUGUGCCCCAGCAGCAUGCCCAUUCUUGCUUUGUUCAAACCGUUUCACAAACAAACUCAGGGAACCCUCUUUAUAUACAGACUGCCUAAUUUGGGGGACGGAGCAAUGUUUCAGGCAACAUUCGGCCGGGCGGAGUCAGCAACGUUGUUGUGGAGUGGUUCGGGAAAUCAUCUGGCAGUGCUCGUGAAGUCUGAGAGAGACGCAAGCGGGAAAAGCUACUAUGGUACGGUGUUACUUUAUCUCGUUGACGUAGGCGGGCGGAAGAUAAAACAGAUAAAGUUCCCUAGCGGGGAAUCAGUUCAUGAUUGUCAAUGGAGCCCGACAGUUGACGAGCUUAUGGUCGUGCACGGCAAGAUGCCCGUCAACAAGACAACACUAUACGACAAAGCGGGUGUUGCGCUGAUGACAUUUGGUGAAGCACCGAGGAAUGUUAUUUUGUGGUCACCGAAUGGCCGUUUCUGCACUCUCGGUGGAACGGGGAACCUUGCAGGAGAUUUUGUCUUCUUCGAUGUUCGGCCUCCAUCAAGUGGGAGCAACGGACGUGGCCCCGCCGAAACGACUUCCACCGUAGCCGUAUCGACGGGUGAGUUCAAUCACAAGUGCAGUGUACAACUUUGGGCACCAGACUCACACAUCUUUCUCUGUGCUAUAAUAUUUACUCGUUUGAGAAUCGAUAACAAACUUGUUUUUUAUAAAAAUAACGGGGAACAGCUUUUGACUCAGAAGUACCCAAUUCUUUAUGGAGCUCACUGGGUCCAGACCCAACAGACGCAUUUGUAUCCGAUGCGGUCAGCCUCACCACGGAAAACGGAGGCUCAGGCGAAACCGCAACCAUACAGACCUCCUCAUGCCAGUGCCGCUGCAUCAGCUCUAUUGAGGCGGCCAGACUCGUCAACACCAAAGCAAGCCAAGCCAGCUGGCCCUCCCGGAGCGACCGUCGUAGUGCAGAAGAAGAAACGGAGAUAG